CUAAUCCGUCCCAAGGGUAAAUACUGGGUAGCUACCCUAUUUUUCCUCGCCUUCCCCAUGGAGGAUCAACCUCGUCAUUCUUCUGGGUCGUAGUUGCUGUUUUCGUUGUUACCACCUCACACUUCAAUUUUCGGGUUACCAUUUUCAUCUUUCAACUGACUCCAUCCAUCUCCUCCCUCUCCCUCAUAGUUCACAUUCUUGCCCACGAGGUGAGCACCGCUGUUGGGGAUACUAGAUACUAGGACAACAGACGUUGCAGCGGAUAUUGCGCAACAACUCCACAUUCGUCAUCGCCAACACCAACUCCGACACGGAACCCAACUAUCGCAAGCCGUAAUACCCUCGUCCUGCGAUUCACGAAUUUUCCUCUUUGGACUUGGACAUCUCCCUCAUCCAUCGAUACCACCUCCCUUCUGCGAUCGAACGCACUCUCUCGAGCCUAGUCACCACCCACGAAGCCUCCCUGUUUGCAGUCGUCAACCUCCCAUCGCCCAGCCAGAAUGCCUAUCGCCUCAAACUGGCCAGACAUCCAACUGGAGGUGAAGGAUAUAUUUAGCUUCUUGUUUGAACGCAAGGAUCGCCCCUUCCCUGAAAGUCAUGUCAUCUUUCAGUCUGCCGACAAUCCGUCUCGAAAAUACACCUAUGCCCAACUGAAACAGGCUGCCGUCGACUUUGGCAAAGGAUUACGCUCCAAUUACGACUUGAAAAAGGGUGACGUCGUAGGUCUCUUUGCACCAAACGAGGUUGACACUCCCGCCAUUGUAUUUGGCACCCUUUGGGCUGGAGCCAUCCUAUCACCAGCCAACCCUGGCUACACUCAGGCCGAACUUGUGUACCAACUUAAGGACUCGAAUGCAACAGUUUUGGUUACCCAUGCCAGUGUCCUGGAUGUGGCUAAGAAGGCGGCAGCCGAAGUGGGCAUCAACGAGUCCUCCAUCAUCCUGCUAGGUGAAGGCCGGGAUCCCCUCAAUCGCAUCAAGCACUGGACUUCGGUGAGAAACCUCUCGGGCACCAGCCGAUAUCGUAUUCCCAAGAUUGCGCCCAAGGAGGACCUUGCCUUUCUCGUUUACAGCAGUGGCACCACCGGGAGACCAAAGGGCGUGCGACUAACCCAUCAUAACAUGACGAGCAACUUGCAACAAGUCAAUGCAGUCGAAAAGUAUAUCACCUGGGAUGGCUCCGAGACCCCUCCAGGCAUUCAAGGCGCACCAAAGGGUCAGGGCGACAAGGUCCUAGCCUGUCUACCAUUCUUCCAUAUCUACGGUUUGAACGUCCUGAUCCACCUUCCCGUCUACGCGGGAGUCCAGACCUUGGUUCUCCAGAGAUUUGACUUGGAGAAGUGGUGCCAGGUUGUGCAGGACCACCAGAUUACAUUCUCUUACAUUGUGCCUCCCAUCGUCCUGUUGCUAUGCAAACAUCCCAUUGUGGACAAGUACAACCUCAAGAGCUUGCGCAUGGUCAAUUCGGGUGCAGCACCACUGACUAAGGAUCUGGUUGAAAGCCUUUACAAGAGAAUAGGUCUGCGUGUCAAGCAAGGUUAUGGUCUUUCCGAAACGAGUCCCACGAUCUUCAUGCAGCGCUGGGAAGAUUGGCAAACAGCUGUGGGAACAACAGGCCAGCUGGUUCCUAAUGUCCUAGCCAAGUUCUGCAAAGUCCCAGCCCCUGGGGAGGAGAGUGACGGGUCCAAGGAACUCCCUCGUGGGGAAACUGGCGAGUUGUAUGUCAAGGGACCCAAUAUCUUUGUUGGCUACCACAACAACGUCGCCGCCACGGCGGAAUGUCUCGAAGACGGCUGGUUCCGGACCGGAGAUGUUGGUUUCAUAGACAAAGAGGGAAAUCUGACAAUUACAGACCGAGUCAAGGAGCUGAUCAAAUACAAAGGUUUUCAAGUGCCGCCAGCCGAGCUGGAAGGCUACCUUGCGGGACACGACAACGUAGACGACGUCUGCGUGGUUGGUGUAGAAAGCCAAGAGCUGGGGACCGAGGUGCCGCGUGCCUACAUCGUUCGCAAGGGUGGUCUCAAGGCAGUCAAGGACGGGGAUGCACAGGAAAUCAUCAACUGGCUCAAUGGACGUGUGGCCAACCACAAGAAGUUACGAGGUGGCCUCAAGUUUGUCGAGUCUGUCCCUAAGAGCGUCAGCGGCAAGAUCUUGCGGAGACUGCUGAAGGACCAGGCCAAGAAGGAGUUUCAGGAGGAGGAGAAUGCGAAACUGGGCAAAGCCAAGCCCAAGUUAUAGAUGUGCCCUUAUUGGAGGAUUGGAGAAUGGGUUGUAUAUGAUGGUAUUAUUUGGGAUGGUACUGGAUUUGACAUUUGUGCAUAUGCACGUUUGACGGACAUAUCAUGUGAGCACGGAGGUGGUGUUGAUACAUAAGGUACUUGAUGCCAGCGCAUUUUCAUUGUAUCCUGCUCAGGUACCUAGCUAGCCUUGAUUGAACAUGUGCACACAGUAUGGAACCUCA